UCUUCCGGUUUCGGUUCUCAGCCACACUGUAUGCUCCGUUUCUACAAUAAGUAGGCCUAUAGCUACUUGCAAUGUUUCUCGUGGGCCUUACCGGAGGAAUAGCCUCUGGCAAAACGACGGUCUCCAAUCUCCUGUCCGAUCUUGGCUGUAAAAUUGUCGACGCAGACAAAUUAGCUCGGGAAGUUGUUUCCCCUGGAGCCCCAGCCUGGAAAAAGAUCCGACAUCAUUUUGGAGACCAAGUGUUAUUGGAGAAUGGAGAACUCAACAGAGAAAAACUUGGAGAGAUAAUUUUUGCUGAUCCUCAGAAAAGACGACUGUUGAAUUCACUCACUCACCCAGAAAUACAUAAAGCUAUGUUAUGGAAAAUCUUCAACCUCUUUAUCACAGGUCAUUCGUUUGCUGUCCUCGACAUUCCUCUUCUGUACGAGACCGGAAAAGUUCUUCCUUACAUGACGUAUACCGUAGUAGUUAACUGUUCUGAGGACCAACAAGUAGAAAGACUCGAUGGAAGAAAUAAACUGACAGAAGAGGAAGCCAGAGGCAGAAUGGACGCUCAAAUGCCAUUGGCUCAGAAAGUAAAAGUCGCCACCUAUGUUAUAGACAAUAGCGGAAGUUUGAUAUCAACGGAAAAACAGGUGCGAGAUUUACACAGGAAAUUUCAAAGAAGUAAAGCACACUGGAGACUGAGACUUUUAAUGUCAUCAGCUCUGUUGGUAACACUUGGAGUUUUAUUUUAUGUGUUUUAUUAAACAAUGUACUAUUAUAUUCAUAAAUCAUUACCAAGCAAAUCCAUUAUUAUCACUCACAGAAGAUCCGCAAAUUAAAGCAAGUCGCAAAAUGUUUGUAUCCCACCAAAUUGUGAUUUAAAACAUCCCUGUUUUGAAGAUGUUAGAAAAUAUUGACUGCGGCUUAAUGUUCUAUAUGUUGAUUAUUGUCUGUAUCAAUGGAACAGUCAUUACUGGCACAUUUUGUAUUGGAUAUUUAUAUUAAUGGCUCCACAAGAGAUCAAUCCCAAAACCUUUGUACAUGUACAUGUAUUACUAAUUUGAUGCUCUAAUGAUUGAGCUAAAGAGAAGUAGCUAGUAUCUUUUACCAGGGAGACAUAUCAAUUGACAAAGUUGAACAACACGAAAAUUCUAUCGUUUUCUGCCUCUGUAUAUUCUAUGGAACUUAAAUUUUGUAAUUGUUUUGCUAGAAUUGAAUUAAUUUUUAUAUUGGUGUCAUUUUCAGAAUUUUUAGCUCGCCACAGAGAGCGAGCUUAUGCUUUCGUGUCAACUUUGGUUUCUAAAUGAUAAGUUUUUUGUACAAGUGUUGAAAUGUGUCAGUAGACUGCUUCAUAAGUGUACUAGGGUUCUACUAUUUGGUUUAAGGGUUGCUGUGUGGGUUAGCUAUUACUUCCCAGAGUCAACUAUGUUUCAUAAUAAUUUCAAUGCUUUCUACGAUGCAAAACCUAAUUUAACUGUCUGGCCUCGGACCACAAUUAUACUUCCGGGUCGUUGUACACAAAUGUAGUACAUAUGGAAAUUUCAGGACUGAACUAAAUAUUUUUUCCUGACUUAGCUCUUGCAGAUAUGUGCAUAAUUUUAACUUAGGUUUAUAGAGCAAUAUCAAAUUCUAGUGAUAGAACUUUGUUUUUACACCAUUUCCAUGGGUUUUUUUUGUGCGGCAGGACACAGGAAGUUGUAAUAUUUUUAUUUUUUCCAUAAUAUAGUGGACUGGUGACACUGAAUUAGAAUUUUUUUGCAAAUUUUUGAAAUAUUUUAAUGUUGAUUUUUCUUUGGGAGAACAUAGAGGGAAAUCAAUUAUGGUCAGAGGCCUGUCUUCUUUACCUUCAAAUAUUGCUAUGUUUUUUUGUUGUUAAAAUAUCAGUGUACGUGUAUUGCAAUAAACAGAUUCCAGUUAGUGAACUUACCCCCUAAUUCUAGUGUGAGUUGUAGUGGUAUACAUGUAUCAAUGUGUGGCGAACUUUGUACUGAUAGUUAAUUAACUCACCCCCUAAUUCUAGUGUGAGGUGUAGUGGUAUAUCAAUGUGAGGCGAGCUUUUGUACCGAUUGUAGAGUAUUCCUGUUGUGUGAAGCAGUGUAUACAUUGUCGUGAUGAAGCAUCAUUGUGAGUGAUACAGGCCCACUGUGCCUAUUGUUAGCUUAUUUAGGUAUCCUAGCACUCUUCAUGUAAUCACA